AUGCAUUAUCAAGAAGCCUCGUUCAGCACAGUACCUGCAUUCCUUACAAAAUUGUGGUCGUUGGUUGAGGAUCUUUCAACAAAUGAUCUAAUUUAUUGGGAUAUAUCAGGUAAAAGUUUCCACGUUUCUGACCAAACGAGAUUUGCUAAAGAAAUUUUGCCACUUUAUUUUAAACACAACAACAUUGCCAGUUUCAUUCGGCAGCUUAACAUGUGUAAGUUGUUAUCUAAGUUAUAA